CUUCAUUAUUGACCACAUCCACACUUUAGUGUGCGCCCGCUCUGCAUUUUUCUUUGUACCAUCUACACGUAGUGGCGCAGAUAAUGGGUGGAUCUAAUAAAGCACCCGCCCCUACGCCUUCGCCGAUACCCAUUCCUACUGAGCCACGGGAUGGUUCUCUACCGAAUGAACUCGCAGCUGAGGCUGCACGAACCCGCGUUGUUCUCGUUGGCAUCGGAGGCGCGACAUGUUCUGGCAAGACUACACUUGCGAAGCACCUGAGGAGAUUGCUUCCCAAUAGUUUUAUAAUUCACCAGGACGAUUUCGCGCCCCCUCAAUCGACCCUCCCUAUCCACCCAAAGCUCAACGUGCAGGAUUGGGAUAGCGCGCCGACCGCAAUCGACUGGCCGCGCAUGCGGACGUUUAUGCGCACAGUAAAGCAGGCCGCGCGUAUACCUGCCGAACACCAGUCACACGACCAUCUCAACGAGCAGAAGGUCAUUCCCGUUCCACCAGAGGUGUUCGAGAGAUGGAGGAGCGAGAUACAGAGUCUGCAGAGGAGCGUGGAGGUGGAGAAGGGAGAGAGGAUAGUGUGGGGGCUGGUGGAUGGGUUCUUGUUGUAUUGGGAUGAGGAGGUGGUUUCGAGACUAGAUGCCCGAUUCUUCCUCCGCGUGCCGCAUGAAGUUCUGAGGCAACGUAGAGAAGAGCGUUCUGGAUACCAUACCGCAGAAAAUACCUUUUGGAAGGAUCCUCCCGGAUAUUUCGAGGACCUAGUUUGGCCGGCGUACGUCGAAGCGCAUCGAAAGAUGUUCGAGAACGACGACCCGGAGAACGGUGCUCCGCGGAUGGAAGGGCUCACUCUCAUCGAACCCCUCGAGCUUGGGAUGGGCGAGAUAGUUGAACGAUGCUGUGGGGUGCUCAAAGGCGUGUUGGACACGGCCGCCCAUGACGCGAAAUAGACGCGAAGAGUCCUCGUGCUUGUUGACGAAUUUGUAGAACGCACGGGUCGAAAGGAUCCCGACAGAUUUGUAGAGGGUUAGUACUGGCUUAGUAGUAUGCACUGGCCAUGGGAUAUCUGUUAUUGGAGUAUGUAUUCGGGUAGGCAUGAUUGUAGCGCCUGGAACGGCGGAAGCGACAUGGUGCUAUAUAUCAAUGUGAUGAUGUGUUUUUGGGG